AUGGAUGAGAGCUUAUAUGAUAUAUUUGAAGACAGAACAGACGAUGAUCUUUUUGCCAUUUUGGAGAGUCUAGAAAACUUCACUGAUUUUCCUCUCAUCAACAACAAUAACCAGACUGAAACUGUUAUUACUCCAAAAGAAAAUGAUUCAACUUCCACCUCGAGAUUACUCUCUCAGAAAUCAGUCUCUUCUCAACAAGACUCUGAAACUGAAGUUGAAACUGAACACAAAAACAAGAGACAGAAACUCACACCGUCUUUGCUACAGGAACAGAUCAUUAACAGUGAUGGACAACAAAGGGUUUCUCACAUUACCGUCGAACGUAACCGAAGAAAGCAAAUGAAUGAACACUUAUCCGUUUUAAGAUCACUCAUGCCUUGCUUUUAUGUCAAAAGGGGAGAUCAAGCAUCAAUAAUCGGAGGUGUAGUCGAUUACAUCAACGAGUUGCAACAACUACUCCAAGCCCUCGAAGCCAAGAAACAACGAAAAGUAUACAACGAAGUACUCAGUCCGCGAUUAGUUUCGUCUAGUCCACGACCAUCGCCGCUAAGUCCGAGAAAACCACCAUUGAGUCCAAGACUAAACCUACCCAUUAGUCCAAGAACUCCGCAACCAAGUAGCCCUUACAAGCCAAGAAUGCAACAAAGCUACAACAAUAUCUUACUUUCACCUCUUGACCCAUCUCCUACUACUUCAUCUGCUUCAUCUGUGAAUGAUAAUAUCAAUGAACUUGUUGCGAAUUCUAAGUCUCAUAUUGCUGAGGUUGAGGUGAAGUUUUCAGGUCCUCAUGUUCUUUUGAAAACGGUUUCUCAAAGAAUUCCAGGACAAGCUUUGAAGAUUAUAUCUGCACUUGAAAACCUUGCACUUGAAAUUCUUCAUGUUAACAUUAAUAGUGCUUCUGAUGAUACCAUGUUGAACUCAUUCACUAUCAAGAUUGGAAUUGAAUGCCAACUGAGUGCAGAAGAAUUGGCUCAACAAAUCCAGCAAACAUUCUGCUAA